AUGGCGGCGGCGGCGGGCGAGUACCGGCUGCUGCUGGAAAACGCCCAGCAGCUGGUGCUCGUCUGCGGCCGCGGAGAGAAGUACCUGCUGCAGGCGGGCGCGGAGCGGCUGGCCGUGCUGCGCCACGCCAGCCUGGUGGUGGGCAGAGAUGGUUAUAUAAAAGCUGUGGGCCAGGCAGAUGAUAUUCGCAAUCAGUUUUCAGGAGCAUCAUUUGAAAGCGUAAUUGACUGCUCUGGAAAGUGUGUACUACCAGGGCUUGUAGAUGCACAUACACAUCCAGUGUGGGCUGGUGACAGAGUUCAUGAGUUUGCAAUGAAGCUGGCAGGUGCUUCAUAUAUGGAAAUUCAUCAGGCUGGAGGAGGAAUACAUUUUACUGUGGAACACACUCAGAAAGCCACCGAAGAAGAGCUAUUCAAUACUUUCAAACAUCGACUGGAACGUAUGUGCCAAGCAGGAUCUACUUUGGUAGAAUGCAAGAGUGGAUAUGGCUUAAAUUUAGAAACAGAACUUAAAAUGCUCAGAGUGAUUGAACGAGCUAAGCGAUCCAUGGAUAUUGGCAUUUCAUCAACGUACUGUGGAGCUCAUUCUGUUCCAAAAGGAAAAACUGCUGCUGAAGCCACAGAUGACAUUAUCAAUAACCAUCUCCCUAAACUGAAAGAACUCAAACUAAGUGGUGAAAUACGUGUCAACAACAUAGAUGUAUUCUGUGAGAAGGGAGUCUUUGAUCUGGAUUCUACUAGAAGAAUUCUUCAAGCUGGAAAAGAUAUAGGGUUACUGAUUAACUUCCAUGGUGAUGAACUCCAUCCGAUGAAAUCUGCUGAGCUUGGAGCUGAACUAGGAGCCCAGGCUAUCAGCCACCUGGAAGAAGUUAGUGAUGAAGGUAUCACUGCAAUGGCACGAGCUAAGUGUGCAGCUGUCCUUUUACCAACCACUGCCUACAUGCUAAGACUGAAGCAGCCUCAAGCUAGGAAAAUGUUAAAAGAAGGAGUUAUAGUUGCUCUUGGCAGUGAUUUUAAUCCUAAUGCAUACUGUUUUUCAAUGCCUAUGGUGAUGCAUCUGGCCUGUGUAAACAUGAAGAUGUCAAUGAAUGAAGCACUAGCAGCUUCCACGAUUAAUGCAGCUUAUGCUCUGGGAAAAUCGGAUACACAUGGCUCCAUAGAGACUGGCAAGCAGGGGGAUCUCAUUAUCAUAAAUUCACCAAGGUGGGAACACUUGAUUUACCAGUUUGGGGGACAUCAGGCAUUGAUCAACUAUGUUAUAGUUAAAGGAAAAAUCGUGUAUAAAAAUGAGAAGUGUGGGAUAAUGAGCAGUUACUGA